GCAAGAUAACUGUCUGUUUCAAGUUUUUGGAGGUGAAUCAACCUUUUCUUGCACCGAUUCAUCGUUAAACUUUUCCAACCAAAAUAAUAGAGUUUGCCACCUUUCUUUCGCUAGAUCGUUUCACCCCCCACCCUUGGCACAAGUCAUGCCCUUCUAAACUCUCCCCCCUCCUCCUCUCUCGAACCUGAGUAGCCGCCCUGGUCAACUACGGUAGCCAUCAUAGCCAAACCACCAACUCCCAUUACAGAAUGGCUGACUUGAUGCACGGCACACCUAAACGGAAACGAGACGAGCAGCAGACACCCCUGACACCUAUUAAAUUCACCUUUGACAUCACAAAGGAAGAGGCCGCGGAGGAUGGCGGCAGCAGCCCGCGGUCAAGCGUGGCUCAUCGGUUCGGCGGCCUAGAGCUUGGCAGCACUGGCUACCUUACGCCUAGACAAGAGCCAGAGAGCAGAAAGCGUCAGAAAUCAGAAGAUCCUUCUGACACCACACCACAACUACCCGAACAGAGAAACUUGUUCGCCUCGCCGCGCCCCGCAUCCCUUGGAGCGGUAUCGGCAUCUGAUAUUCCUAGCUCCAGCCCCGAAAGAGGCCGCACAAAGACUACUACGCCGAGAAGGCGCACAAAGAAGAGAGCAGGAACUCCUCCUUUGCGUUUAAAGCGGUCACCCGUCCAAGAACAUAGUGAUGCUGAUGCCGAUGACGAGGCUGAUGCAGACAUGGAAGUGGUUGACCCGGUACGAGCCUCGCUCACUUGGCAUGAAGACGAAAUCACUAUCUAUGACCCUGAUGACGAGGACGAUGAUGGCACCGGUAUCAACGGAGUCGGAUUCAAACCUACGCCUGCUCUCGCUCAUGUUCGGGCCAUGAAGCGCCAGCAGCAAAUGGCGGAGUAUAGAAAACGCGAGGAGAGCGAGGCUAGGGCUAAGAGGAACCAACGAAGACGCGACGGAAGCUCUGCUAGCAGGCAUGAAGAUAAGCUUGCCGCACGAAAGGUUCGAUUUCUGGAAGCAGAAAGGCACAAACUUGCUCUCACAACGGGUUGAGGGUUCUAUCUGCAGGUUUGGAGUUUUUGGGUUUACGAAAUGGUUUGCAUAAUGUCUUUUUUCUCCUGGAGUUUCAACAUUUGGAAAUUAGCGUCCGAGUUUCAUUUGUCUUUUUCCUUAGUUUCGCAGCUAUACCUUGGAUGACGGAUAGCCACUCUCAAUGUUUCCCCUUUGGUCGGAGUCCUGUCUGGAUUCCUAACAUGUUAUGAAUGAAUGCUAUU